GAUCGACGGCGCCAUGGCGCUCGAAACGCAGAUGGGGGUCAACAUCGCCACCGCGGCGGCAGCCACCGCCACGCUGGAGCACUUCGUCUGGUCGACGCUGCCGGACUCCAAGGCCAACACGACCGGGCAAGUGGUCGUGCCGUACUACGAGAGCAAGCGCCGCGUGGACGAGUUCAUUGCCCGGGCAUUGCCGGGGUUGCGGGCCAAGACGACGUUCCUCUGGGUCGGGUGGUAUAGUUCGAAUAUGUUGUUGCCGUGCUUUCAUCCGAUGCGGGUGCGUGGUGCGGAAGGGGGUGGAUUCCUGACCCUGACGAACAUCGAUCCCGCGACGAGGAUUCCGGUGGCCGGGGAUGAGAGGGUUAAUGUGGGGUUGUUUGUGCAAGCAAUCUUGGAAACGCCGGAGAGGACUCUGCCGGGGAGGAUUGUCGCGGCGAUUACGGGGUAUCGUGCGUUGGGGGAGGUGGUGGAGACGUUUGGGACUGCGAAGGGGGUAAAGGUGCGGUGUGUGCGGAUUGGGAGGGAGGAUUAUCGGGCCUUGUGGCCGGGGUUGGCGGAGUUGAUGGAUGUAUCGCAUUAUUACUUUCAGGUUACGGAUGGGAGGUCGUUCACUGCGGCGGGAGAGGGAGAAGCGGUUCUGGGAGCGGAGGAUCUGGGGCUGGAGGGCUUGGUUGGACUAGAGGAGGCUUUUGCGGGGGUGCCUUGGCUGGACUGAUUUUUCUUUUGGCAUUUCGGUGCGGUGACAGCUUCGACAGGCUGGAGAUGUUCGAGUGGAUGCUUGGGAGCUGUAGCUAUUGAGCUGAAUGUGUAUUACAACAGAGG